GUCAAUUCUCCGUCAACGCCGUGAACACGAAUUGGCAUGUGAUUGGCUCCUCUCGAUUUACCCGAAUAUUCCUUCCCAAAAAUUUCAACUACCAUUCUCUCUCUCUCUAUAAACGUACCUCACCCCCACCCACCGUACGUACUGCGCUAUCCUUUCUGGAGUGAGAAAUUAAGUGAGAGAAACGAAAAGGCAAAACAAGAGUGAUGAGUGCAGCUCUAGAGAGAGAGUACCGAGUGUGUGAGGAGAUCGGCCGGGGCAGAUACGGCGUCGUGUCGAGGUGCUACUCCGCCGCCACCGGCCAGUGCUUUGCCGUGAAGUCCAUCCAGAAGCGCCUCAUCCAGGAUGAUGCCGUCGACAGCCUUUGCCUCCAAAACGAGGCCAAGCUCAUGCAGCUCGCCUCCGGCCACCGGAAUGUGCUCGGGAUCUUCGAUGUUUACGAGGACGACGAGUUCCUGCAUAUCGUGGUGGAGUUUUGCGACGCCGGAGAUCUGUUCCAGCGGAUUACGGCCCGGCCCGUGUUCUCUGAAUUGGAGGCCCGCCGAGUGAUGGUACCACUAAUGGAGGCAGUGGCCCACAUCCACGACCGAGGAGUGGCCCAUCGAGACAUAAAGCCUGACAACAUCCUCUUCAACUCCUACAACGAGCUCAAACUCGCCGACUUUGGUUCAGCCGAGUGCUUUGCCAACAGCAAUUUCAUGUCUGGCAUUGUGGGGACACCUUACUACGUGGCUCCGGAGGUGGUGGCCGGAAUGGAAUAUGGUGAGAAGGUUGAUGUGUGGAGUGCAGGCGUGAUUUUGUACAUAAUGCUAUCUGGGAUCCCACCUUUCUAUGGAGAGUCGGCUAGGGAUAUUUUUGAGGCCGUGCUAAGGGCAAAUUUGAGAUUUCCAAGGGCUGUUUUUGGGUUGGUCUCAACGGAGGCUAAGGACUUGCUGAGGAGGAUGCUCUGCAAGGAUGUGUGGAGGAGGUUCUCGGCCCACCAAGUUUUGAGACAUCCAUGGAUGACGGGUGAUGAAGAGGCCAGAGCAAUGGACUGACUCGGUUGAUAAGAGGUUCGGAGUCUUUUGAGAACAAAAGACAGUGCAUAUAUGAUGUUGUGUAGGCUACCCUUGUUUGUAUGUGUAACUAUGUAGAUAACUAGUGGCAAAGUGUAGUAGUAUUCUGCUCAACGGUUUUGUACAAAAUAUUAUGCAGAAAGCAGAGCUGAGAAAAUGUGGUGGCAUGAUUACAAAGUGUCACCCAUUUGCCUAUUUUCCUUCACCUUCUACUAUCUUUUUUUCAGCUUUUCCCUGGAAUGUGUAGUUAAAG